UCAUUGUAAACAUUGCCUGGCGCUGCUUAAAGAUCACGCUACUUCAAGUUUGAUAAAAUGUCGGAAAUAUCAGAAGAAAACAUUAAGAAGGCAGAAGAAAUUAAAAGCGAAGCCAAUGAGUAUUUUAAAAUCAUAGAAGAUGAUUAUGUUGGGCCAAGACUUGAGGAUGGAAAAGUGACUGAACAUUUUAUGAAGGAAUUAAUGGAAUAUUAUAAAGCUCAGAAGAAACUUCAUCGGCGAUAUGCAUACAAGAUAUUGCUAGAUGUGAAAGAACACCUGAUGAAGCAGCCGACAUUGGUUGAUGUCGCCAUUCCUGAUGAUGCGAAGUUCACUGUGUGUGGUGACAUUCAUGGCCAGUACUACGAUCUCAUGAACAUUUUUGAAUUGAAUGGUCUACCAUCAACCACAAAUCCCUAUCUGUUUAAUGGAGACUUUGUUGAUAGGGGUUCAUUUUCUGUUGAAUGUAUAUUUGUAUUAUUUGGUUAUAAGCUACUUCUACCCAACCAUUUCUUCAUGUCUAGAGGAAAUCAUGAAAGUGUAACUAUGAAUCAGAUGUAUGGGUUUGAAGGGGAAGUUAAGGCGAAAUACACAGCACAGAUGGCAGAACUCUUCACUGAAGUAUACAACUGGCUGCCUCUUUGUCACUGCUUGAAUUCAAGAGUUCUGUGAUACCAUGGGGAACAAGGGUUCUUUCAUUACCCUUAAUGGGAAAGAUAUGAAACCAAGAUAUACAACGUAUCAGGCUGUGCCACAUCCACCCGUGAAGCCAAUGGCGUAUGCCAAUUCCAUCCUAAGUUUGUUUAGUUAGGGAACAAUACACUUUGUAGUCCAUUAGUCCAACAUAGUGUAUGAAUAUGCUGGAAUUGUUCAUUGGUGCAAGUUAGAGGACACAGAAUAAUAUAUCUGCCCAUCUAUUGAGUACAACAUAGGAAACCACUCAUGAAAUUUCAGUAGCCUUAUGGUUUAUGUAACUGCAAAAGCAGGAAACAAGAUAUAACUGUAUACUUUGUAGUACCACUUUGUGUACCAGCAAAUUGUAUGAAAAAAGAUGAGGAACUCUG